ACAGGUGGCUCGGCUCUGGGGUCUGCAGAAGAAUCGUCCGGCGAUGAACUACGACAAGCUGAGUCGCUCGCUGAGGUACUACUACGAGAAGGGCAUCAUGCAGAAGGUUGCCGGGGAGAGGUACGUCUACAAGUUCGUAUGCAACCCCGACGCCCUGUUCUCCAUGGCAUUCCCAGACAACCAGAGGCCGAGUCUGAAGGCCGACCCGGACGCCAUCUUGCCCCCCGGCGAGGAAGAAGGCCCCCCCCCGCCCAGCUAUGAGGAGGAGGGUCCCUACCUGGCUGAGGGGGGGGCUUUCCCCGAAAACUACCCUUAUUAAACUCCACAGGUUGGACGAAACAUGAGAUAUUUGACACGAGGAAGCUGAAUUACUGAGCAGUGUUUUCAACAUGUAUACAUGUCUGUACGUCCCAGGGAAAGAGGAAUUCAUCAGAGACUUCUUUUUUUUUAUAACUGUCUUUUAGCCAAAAGUACUGGUUGCAAAAUUGGAGAUGGUCCCUUUUUUUGUCCAAUACAGUUUAAUUCUGAUUUAGGUCUUAAUUGUUUUCUUUUAAAAAGCUUUAACAUUUAGAUUUAAAGUUAUAUUAAGAAAAUAAGACUCAUUACUUCAAGAUGUGGUUGUCAUUUUGGGAGAAAAGGCUGUAUGUCAUGGUCUAUAUUUUUUGAGGAGAAAAUGUACAAUUGGUCAUAAUGUAAUUUUGAGAUAAGGUCAUAACUUAAUUAGAAAUUAUACUAAAAUAAAAAAAACAGUCCUUUUCCCCAUAAACAUGCGACCGGUUCUCAGAAUAUAACAGCUUUUUAAUAUUUUACUCAUCAAAAGACAGUUUUUGUUCCUAAAUGUGUGACUCACAGCUGUUCCCCUCAGCCUGCCUGGUUGUACUUUUUGUAGCAUGGCCGUCGCCGUAGUCCUCGCGUACGUGAACUCUGGGAUCUGUAUUUCAACCAAAAAGUAUCUCAAAACCAUGAACACUCCUUUAACUAAUUUACUUCUAAUUGUUGUGUUUUUGGGUAAACCUUAUAAUGCUUGAAAGGGACACACUUGUAUUUUCCAGAUGUUAUAGUCCUCCUAUAAACAUGUAUAUUGAGAAAUGUCUUUUGUGUACUUUUUCUUGUUUUCAAAGCUAAUAUUUUUGGCAUUAUAUGAACUUUUUCCUAAACAGUUUUAUGACAAAGGUACUGCUACUAUUUUUCUGUAAUACUGUCACUAUGAUGCUACUAAUAAGCAUAGACUUUCCUACAACCGGCUCAUCUGUUAUCGCACCAAGCUAGUUUUCUGCAUUUUGUAUAGUUAAUUUGCUUCAAUGUGUAGAAAAGGUGUAUAAUUAUAUAUGAAUAUAUUUUUGCAAAAGGCUGCACUUGCUUGACGUUGUACUAUGAGCUGAAAAGUGAAGCCUGCUAAUGUAUUGUAUUAAUUCCAGCCUCUGAGAGAUAAAGGACUUCCUCCCUGCAGAUAAUGUAAUGGUAUAUUUUACUAUAUGAUCACAAAGUGGAGGAGAAGCUGGAGAACGAUACUGACACCGGUGUAACGUCUACGCUCAGAUACUGUACGUGUGCCUUCUGUUGAUCUAACUGAUACAAUAAAGUAUUUUACUCUUUU